AUGGCACGGCUGCGGAAGAAAGCGUGCGUGGCGCUGAUCCUUUUCACACUCUUCGUUUUCGGGACCCUGAUGGGACUGAGGACUCUCAAGCCCAGCGACGCCUUGUCGGACUUGGCUCCCGGUUCGGAGUUUCUACCGAUGGUCGGGGGGAAGGAGGAGCGGCGGUCCGCGUCCCAGAACGCGGCGGCGCCGCAAGAGCGGGUCCGGCCGGCGGCCGCGGCGGCCACGCACGCCAGGGUAGUUUUGCCCAACGCGGGUCCCGAGGGACUCAUAUUCUACGACGUCCACAUCUUUUACUACGUCUGGUACGGAACCCCGCACAUGGACGGGAGAUACUUGCACUGGGAUCACGUCCUGGUCCCGCACUGGGACCCCAAAAUAGCCGCCAGUUACCCCAGAGGGAGGCACCUGCCGCCGGACGACGUCGGCUCCAGUUUCUACCCCGAACUGAACCCGUACAGCUCCAGAGAUCCGGACGUGUUGGAGUCCCACAUGGAGCAGAUCGGAGCCUCGGCAGCAGGAGUUCUGGUUCUGUCCUGGUACCCUCCGGGCCUCGCUGAUGACAAUGGGGAACCUACUGAGGACCUGGUACCAGCUGUACUGGAUGCUGCUUACAGGCACAACCUCAAGGUUGCAUUUCACAUCCAGCCAUACAGAGGACGAAACGACCAGAGUGUCCACGACAACGUCAAGUAUAUCAUCGACAGGUACGGUGACCACGGAGCCUUUUACAAGUUCACCACCAGCACGGGCAAGAGCCUUCCGCUGUUCUACGUCUACGACUCCUACCUAACGCCACCCGAGUCCUGGUCCGAACUUCUGACUCCGGCCGGCUCCCACAGCCUCCGGGGCUCGGCCUACGACGCCGUCUUCAUCGCCCUGAUAGUGGAGGAGCGCCACAAGCACGACAUCCUGGCCGGCGGAUUCGACGGCAUGUACACCUACUUCGCCUCCAACGGCUUCUCCUUCGGCUCGUCUCAUCAGAACUGGAAGGCCAUCAAGGCUUUCUGCGACGGCAACAACCUCCUCUUCAUCCCGGGCGUGGGCCCCGGCUACGUCGACACCAGCAUACGGCCUUGGAACAACCACAACACGCGCAACCGCGUCAACGGCCGCUACUACGAGACGGCCCUGCAGGCCGCGCUGAACGUGCGGCCUGACGUCGUCACCAUCACCUCCUUCAACGAGUGGCACGAGGGCACGCAGAUCGAGAGGGCCGUGCCCAAAAAGACGGUGACCCGCGUGUACUUGGACUAUCAGCCGCACGGGCCCGAACACUACCUGGAGCUCACCCGCCGCUGGGCCGAGCAGUUCAACAAGGAGAAGGAACAGUGGCUCAUGUGAGCUUUGAACAUGGAAGAACACCCUCCUACUGCCAAAGACAGUCCAGACUUUUCAAAGUGCUGUGGAGGCCUUAUCUUAG